GAAGAGGAAGCAAGUACGGUAGCCCAAGAAGCAGGAGGGUAGUUGUACGAGCCGGGAAAAUCACCUGGUGUAUACAUUGUAUAGUUACGCCCAAAGCUUACGCCUAAAUUGCAGGCGUGCCAUCGAUGCGGUGAGCUGAGGUUGAGAUUCAGAUUCAGCCACGAAGUCGAGCGGAGUCGAAAAUCGGGGGUGGUGGCACGGGAGAGAUGAGCGCGAGGGGCAUUGGUUUGGCAUGGUAAUGAAUGAAUCCCUGGGCCGCGACCAGAAUCGCGCGCAGUAAGUAAAAUAGAAAACGCUUCGGGAAUAUACAGAUUAUGCCGAAGAAGAAGGAGGGUUAUAGAAAGUAAGUGCGCUCGUUUAGUCGGGGAGUGUGGGCUCAGGAGGAAGGAACGCGGAAGGACAAGACCCAUUCCGAAGGAGCUGCUGAGCGAAGAAGCUCUCAUAAGGACUCUGUUCAUACUGACCAUCGAACUCUGCAGCAGUUCGUGAUAGUGAUAGCACGAUCGAACAGCAGCCAGAUCAGAACGAUGAGGGACUUGUCCGCAUUUGUCGUUGUGCAGAAUGGCGAUCGGUCUGGGUAGCCGAACUCUUCCCGGCGCGCAAGGAGCAGCAAGCACGUGAACGACAAGUCGCACAGAGCUUUUCCAUCGCCCUCUUAUUGCCGACCUGCGAGCCGAGAAGCAAAGCAGAGCGGCAAUCAUCAGUCGCACUGCGGAGGCAACCCGCUGGUUGUUCUUGGAUAUUCUUCCUGUCUGCGAGAUCUGAGAAUGAGAGCCAACAUUAUACCUUCCACUGAGUGACACCGUCCCCACAUUGACUCGUACUCGCUUCUCGAGGCACUUCGGUUUCUUGGCACCCGGUGGACAAUUGUUGACUACCUUGGCUCGUCACACAUGCCUGUCUGUCGAAGAGUGAGGUGUGUCGGAUAGUCAGCCGUGUAGCGCAGCAGCUCAAUUUUCCUGUAGUCUAGGGUUGUCACUCUUUUCUCACCAAACCUUGUUCCUAGCAGCAGCAGCACUGCUGAGUAUUGACGGACUUUCACGACACUGGCCAAAGACGCAUAGUGUUUCCCAGCUACCAAAUAUUCGUUGACUUUUACAGGAAAGUUUCGGCCUUGGAUGCGCAUGUUGGUAAUCUCACGUCAUCCUUACAGAGCUCAGGGCGAGCCAGGUUGUGGGUCUGCAUCGAAGGAGCUGAGGCCAGUGAAUUGUUUACCCCACACACCGCUGCUGGAAACAGACCGUUAGUGGAAUACCCUUGCACGAUAAUUUUUGCAAGAUGAGCAAGAACUCUUUCUCGCCCUUGAGGGCUGCACCAGUCGAUCAUCACGACGGUGGAAUGCGCGAAGAGGAUGAAGAGGAAGAUGACGUUUUCCAUAUUCCACCCAAGCCUUCGCUCGAAAUGCUCAAGAAAUGGAGGAAAGCAACUCUUGCGCUGAACGCUUCGAGGCGUUUUCGGUACGUCUUGGAUCUAAAAAAUGUGGAACCCGUCAGCAGCGACCCCGACAAGAAUGGCGAGCUUGUCAGCAGAUUCAGGACUGUCACUCAUGCUCUACGGGCUGUACAACGGUUCAAAGAAGCCGGCGCAAGAUAUACGAUCAAAGAGAACAUGGAUCCUCCUCCGGAAGGAUUUGGGAUUGGGACGGAUCAGCUCGUCCAUCUCAUGCAAGAUCAGCAGAGUUCUGUGCUAGAAGAGCAGGGCGGAGUUGAGACCGUAGCCAAGCAACUAAGAACUGAUCUUGAACAUGGGAUAGAUGACGAUCCCGCUGGAGUUGAAAAGAGGAAAGAAGCUUUCGGGAGCAACAAGAUUCCGUCCAAACCUGGCAAACAUUUCUUCGUAUUCGUGUGGGAGGCAUGCCAUGAUACUACGUUGAUCAUUUUGAUGGCAUGUGCCGUUGUUUCUUUCGCCACAGGAAUGUGGGUUGAUGGUCCUAAAGAAGGCUGGUAUGACGGUAUUAGUAUUGGAAUUGCAGUAUUGCUCGUGAUCAUUGUGACUGCAACAAGUGACUACAGGCAAUCCUUGCAAUUUCGUAGUUUGAAUGAUGUUAAGAAAAACAUACAAAUCGAGGCUAUAAGAGGAGGACGUCGGUGUAGAAUAUCGGUGUUUGACAUCGUCGUUGGUGAUCUCGUCCCUGUGAACAUUGGUGAUCAGGUGCCGGCUGAUGGUCUCAUGGUUAGCGGGCAGUCGCUCACAAUUGACGAAUCGAGUAUGACUGGAGAAAGUUUGCCUGUUCAUAAGGAUUCGAAGCAUCCUUUCCUUUUGUCUGGAUGCAAAGUUGUGGACGGCUAUGGAACAAUGCUGGUGACUGCCGUCGGUACCCAUACUGAGUGGGGUCAAGUCAUGGCAACUUUGACUGAAGAUAAUGGUGAAGAGACACCACUGCAGGUUCGCUUGAAUGGAGCCGCAACUUUUAUUGGCCAAAUUGGUCUGUCCGUUGCCAUCUUGGUCUUCUGCAUCCUGUUCAUCCGUUUCUUUGUGGCUGACUUCAAGGGUCGUGACAAAAGACCAAGCCGAGUUAUUAAGCACAUUGUGGAAAUUUUCUCCAUUGCGGUUACCAUUGUGGUGGUGGCCGUGCCUGAAGGUCUUCCAUUGGCCGUAACUCUUACGUUGGCGUAUUCCAUGAGAAAGAUGAUGGCAGAUAAGUCAUUGGUUCGUCACUUGGCAGCCUGUGAAACAAUGGGCUCUGCAACGACAAUUUGCAGCGACAAAACCGGAACUCUUACACUGAAUAAGAUGAAUGUUGUCAAAUCAUGGGUAGCGGGCCAAAAUAUGGAGAACGAUGAAGAAGUGAAAACAAUAAAGGCUGAGACUUACAACGUCCUUCUAGCUGGGGUUUGUCAAAACAGUAAUGGAAGUGUUUUUGACGCCAAAGAUGGUACAGCGCCAGAGGUGUCUGGUAGUCCUACAGAAUCUGCUGCGCUCUCUUGGGGAGUGAAGAUUGGUAUGGACUUCGAUGAAAUCAAGCACAAAACAUCUAUUGUCCACGUUGAGACUUUCAACUCAAGGAAGAAGAGGGCAGGAGUUGCUGUGAAGUUGGAGAAUGGAGAAAUUCACGCUCAUUGGAAGGGUGCCGCUGAGAUGAUAUUAGAAAGUAGCAGCCAGUGGGUUGACACUGACGGUUCGAUUAAAGAUAUGACUCCCGAGAAAGCCAAGGAGCUCGAGAACAUUAUUGAGGGUAUGGCUGCCGCGAGUUUAAGGUGUAUUGCCUUCUCAUACAAGCCCCUUGAUGUUAAGACUGUUCCCAAGGUUGAGGAAGAACUUCGAGAUUGGCAGAUCCCAGACAGUGACUUGAUCUUCUUAGCUGUUAUUGGAAUCAAGGACCCAUGCAGACCAGGAGUUCAAGAGGCGGUUUUGAGGUGUCAAAUGGCCGGCGUGAAAGUUCGCAUGGUUACUGGUGACAGUGUCAUUACCGCCAAGGCCAUUGCUACGGAAUGUGGCAUUCUCUCGAAGGAAGGUGUGGUUGUGGAGGGUCGAGACUUCCGCCAAUGGUCUAAAGAACGGAUGGACAGGGAUUUACCUAAAAUUGAUGUUAUGGCUAGGUCUUCGCCUUCGGACAAGCUUUUGCUUGUGAAGUCCUUGAAAGAGAGAGGUGAAGUUGUUGCUGUUACUGGGGAUGGAACUAACGAUGCACCAGCACUUCACGAGGCGGAUGUUGGACUAUCCAUGGGAAUCUCGGGAACUGAAGUGGCGAAGGAGAGCUCCGACAUAGUUAUCUUGGAUGAUAACUUUGCCUCUAUUGUCAAGGUCGUACGAUGGGGAAGGUCUGUUUAUGCCAACAUUCAGAAGUUUAUCCAGUUCCAGCUUACUGUUAACGUGACAGCUUUGGUUAUUAAUUUCGUAACCUCUGUGUCAUCCGGAAGCGUGCCCCUCACUGCUGUUCAGUUAUUGUGGGUGAAUCUGAUCAUGGACACUCUUGGAGCUCUUGCUUUGGCAACCGAACCACCUACUGAUGAUUUAAUGGAGAAAACACCAGUCGGACGAAAGGAGCCGUUGAUCACUAACAUCAUGUGGCGAAAUUUGUUUGGACAAGCUUUCUAUCAAAUCACAGUAUUGCUGGUUCUAGACUUUGCCGGUGAGGGCAUUCUGAAUCUGAAUUACACUGGAGUAAGCAGAUCUAACGACGAGGAGACUAAGAACGAUGAAGUCAGGAAAACCAUUAUUUUCAACGCUUUCGUCUUUUGUCAGAUAUUUAAUGAAGUAAACGCACGAAGACCGGAGAAGAAGAAUGUAUUUGAAGGACUUCACAAGAAUUUUCUGUUCAUUGGUAUUAUCAUAAUUGAAAUUAUAUUCCAGUUUGUCAUUGUCCAAUAUUUAACGAGGUUCGCAUCGACGACAGCUCUGACUGCUCGAGAAUGGGGUAUUUGCAUCGCCAUAGGCUCCGUUAGCUGGCCUCUUGGAUUCCUUGUGAAGUUCAUCCCCGUGCCGAAGAAACCUAUCGUAAAUACCCGCCGAAUCAGAAUCAACUGGAAGAGGAAGAGCCGCAGCCUCACCAAGACCUUAUCCAGCGCCAUGUCUCGACGGUCCGACGAUGAAAUUUCCAAGUCGAAGAAGGGUUCUCUCAACGGGGAGCUCGCUAACCAACACCGCGGCACUGAGGUGGAAAUGAAUGCACCCGCGACAACACCAGGCGCAGCUCGAGUACCCGAAGUCUGAUUUGAAGUUUUUCUCAUUCGCGCCUCCCCUCUCGUCCGAUCAUGUGGGCAAGGAAGGGUAGCUAACGACCGUUGUACUAAUUCCCGACUGCGGUGGGGAAGGCCCCAUUCGUGGUCAAAUGCCUGAUACUCUAAACUCUUUAAUCAGUAGGUUUCUGUCUGCGAUUCGAUCUUUCACACUUAAAUCAACUGCGCAGAGGGAGUUUCGAGAAUCUUGACUCACACUCAGGGCUGCCUGCGUUGGGGUUUUCGGAACAAGUUCAGAUAUGCCAGUAGUCGGAGUUAUGUAUGAUAGGCCCUCAACAAGUCGAUGUUGAAGGGAAAGUCGGAUAAUGGUGGAAUGGGUAUUUUUGUGUAGUAUAUAGUAGCAUUAGAAAUCAAUUGAGAAGAUAGAGAAUAUUCAAAAUUCUGUGGAAAGCUUUCAGGUAAUCAUUGUAGGGGUACGUACGCAAGAGCAUAACGUUAGCCAAUUUCUUGAAGUCCGAGUCUUCACCGCUCAAUCAGUUUAAAAUAUGGUUUAGGAGAGGAAGAAUAUGGAUCCCCGAUGGUCUGUACCGUACUAGAUUCCAAGUGAUAAAGGAGUCUAGCAAAAUUCUUCUGUCAGUCAGUGUUGCUUCGGUCCUUGUGUGGACCUUCCUAUCGGUCCCAAUUUUUCUACUUUUCAAAAUUUUGAAAUUUUAAUAUUGCGACAAUUGAGUCGCUGGCGAUUUGACACUGUACUCUGUAUUUCCA